AUGAAUCGCACCUCGAAGCCUCUUUGCAUUACCUCUGCCAAGUCCUCGGCUCCAUUGGAAUCAUCUAACAAUCACAUCAAGGCUCAUAAUGCUGACCAGGAUGCCGCUGACGAGAGCGUGGAAGGUCUCAACUUGGACAAGGAAGAUGACCCUGACAAAGCACAGGAGGGUUCUUCUGGGGAGUUCAUGCUGGUGAUCGUGCCCAUUGCCCCUAUCGAAGAGCUCUGUGCUGAUCGUGGCUUAAACCUCAUUUUCAUGUAG